AUGCUGUCCACCGUACCCGGUUGGCGAUUCGGCGCUACACAGAGGCGUUUUCACAUCUGCAGCUUACAACGCCGGGUAUUGCCUGAACCAACAGGACCACAAACGGUAACCGCGGUGGUCCAGCAUUGGAGUGUGCGUGUGUCGUCUGGUGGUGGCGUCAUCGUCCCAGUUAAUGGCGAAAAGCAGCGCGUGGCCAUUGGCCGCCUCUCUCGCAGUUUGGGCACGCAGCCAAAUCGGUCGUCAUCGUCGUCGGCGGCCGCUCGAACGCACCCAAAACACUUCGCAAUGCGCAUGGGCCACACAACCAGCUGA